GCCAUUUCCUCUGUGGGCAGAAAGUCAAGGAAGACUGAAAGAGGCAUACCAUAGUGUUUGCAUCUGUGUGUAUCUGAAGAUCGACUCAGAGUCGGAUCGGAUUGGUCCCAAAAAUGUGGGCUUUUCCAUUUGUAGCAGAAGGUGUUGGUGCAGCUGCCUCUCUUUCAUCAUCAUCUUCAUCAUCAGUUGCUGCCAAUUUAUUCGCUCUCAACCUAUCUGUGAAUCUGGGCUUCAACAAAAUCCAAUUCCACUCUUUUCCCACUUUCAGUGCUUACCCUUCUCCUGGGUUUCUCUCCCCUCUCCCCAGAUCAGGUCAUUGUAGGGCUAGUCAAAUAGCUGAACUCUUCCCAGCGGUGUCACCUGAUAUAGUUAUUAGAGAGGCAAGGUUGGAAGACUGGUGGGAAGUGGCUGAGACCCAUUGCAGCUCCUUCUUCCCAGAAUACUCUUUUCCUCUAGAUUUUGUGUUAAGGUUGGACAGGCUGAUAGGAAUGCUUUUUGGAUUCUCCAUACCUAAUGGCUGUGAGAGAACAUGUCUAGUUGCUGUCACUGAGCGAAGCUCAGAGGAAGAAGGUUCCUUCUUAUUUAGAAGUAAUGAAGAAUUCACAAUUGGGAGCAUUAAUGGAGGAAUGAGUCUCAUGGAUAAAGGUUAUGUGUCCGGGAUAUUGACUGUGGACACUGUCGCUGAUUUUCUUCCCCGGAAAGGACCAUCAUGGCAGAGAAGGGAAUGGAAACAAAUAUACUACGUACUACGUUUGCACAAACAAAAACACACUUGAGCCUCUCUCUGCAUAAGUUAUAUUGCCUCCUGAGAAAAGGUCAUGCUUCUAAUACUUGAGUAGUUUAACAUGUUAAUCAUGUGUAGAAGAGGGAUAGCGUACAUAUCAAAUGUUGCUGUUCGGGAGAGCUUCCGUAGGAAGGGCAUAGCAAAAAAGCUCAUUGCAAAAGCCGAGGCUAAGGCCCGUAGCUGGGGAUGCCGUGCCAUUGCAUUACAUUGUGAUGCCACUAACCCUGGAGCCACAAAACUAUACACUAGUCAGGGGUAUAAAUUCAUUAAAGUUCCAGAUGGAGCUAACUGGCCUCAACCAAGGAUCUCUUCAGAUGUUCAAUUUAGUUUCAUGAUGAAGCUUCUUUAAACACUAAAGUCAGAUGUAGUAAUUAGAAAAGUAAUUUAUAUGUGUAAAUACAAGGGACAGCAUAUUUGAAAUGCAAGAGCUUUAUUGUAAUGGUUAUCCUCUCCAAAUUGGAAUAUUUGUAGAAUUAGUGUUUGGUUUCUUUGUUAUAACUGAAGCAUAUUGCUUCCAAUAUGUGGUCAUGUUGUAAAGUUAAUUACUACGCAAUAUAAUCCAGUUUAUAUUGUUAUAUAUU